CUGCCCGUUUUCUUAUUGCUGGUGAUGGCUGGAAGACUGCAGGGAAAAGUCACUGCUCCACAGUAUAUGCUGGCUCCAGUGAACAAGCCCUACACUUUGACUUGCAGCGUGUCCAAGGAGAGGGGCGAAACUGUGAGGCAAGUGCGCUGGAUAGAUGUAGAGAAUAAGACACUAUUGAGCUACCAGCCGGGUAACAAGGACAGUGUGAGUGGCCAGCAGCAUGUGGAGCUUGGCUCUGCCCCAAAAGACACUUCCAACGUCAUCAUAACCAGGGUCAGCUACAGAGACGAGGGCUGCUACACCUGCAUCUUUGACAUGCUUCCUUCUGGCUCACAACAAGGGACCACAUGCAUCACUGUUACAUCUCAAGUCACGGCUGACCGCAACAAGACAGCAGUAAGUGGCAAAAAGACAGUUCUCUCGUGCUCCUAUGGCCUGCCUGAAAAAGUGGAGCAGGUGGAGUGGAAGCACAGCUCGCCGGAUGGGCAGCUUAGUCCUAUGGCUUCAUAUGCGAAACAGAGUGACCCCAUGAUCGAGCCUGCGUACGAGGGCAGGACCUGGCUCAGUUCAUCUCUGUCUGACAGCCAGCUCACCAUACAGCCUGUGUUGAUCCAGGACGAGGGCUGCUACACCUGCCUGUUCCACACGCACCGCGACGGACCAAAGACCUCCACUGUCUGCCUCUCCACAUAUGUUCUCCCAAAACCUCACGUUACCUACAAAACAACCUCUCCAGGCGUGAUAGAAGCCAACUGCACUUCUGUGUCGCGACCCCCGGCGGAGAUCGUGUGGAACGUGGAGAGGGACAACCGCACCAUGGGACCCCCAAAGACCACUCAGACACCUCAAGAGGACGGGAGCACCCUGGUCAUCAGCACCCUAACCGUCCAGUCAGGCCUGCUCAAAGAUGUGUCCGUCAAAUGCCUGGUGCACCACAAGGGCCUCGAGUCGCCUAUUGCUGUAUCCAUGAACACUAAAAUUGGCACGGCUCUGACCAUCCUCAUCUCUGUCACCACAGUCGCUGCCCUCUUGGUCCUGUCUCUCUGUGUCUGUCUUUGGAAAUGCUUCUUACAAAAAGAAGAUGAUAAAAGACGACAGCGCUUCACUGAGCCAGCCUUGUGAGUUGUCCCUGGUCUCCUCAGCCGACUGCUACGGGUUUCACUGAUGGCAGGAGAAUACAUGCAACGUCCAAGCAACAGCUACAUGAACUCUGACACAAUCUUAUCAUUAUGUGAGUGCCUUCUCCACAUCCUACUGUGAUUCUCAGUGUUACAUAAUCUCCUGGACACAUGGAGAUGUACAGUAUUAUAACUGGCCUUAUGACAUUCCAUAUUCAUUCCACGUUUACUGGCCAAUUUGUGAACUUUUUAUACAAGUCUAAGCAACUCUAAGUCUAUUAUAUCUAUGUGGUGUAUCACUGUGUUUAUAUUGCAACAUUGGUUUGGUAAAAAUGUAUUGUAUUAGCCAAAGCGUAGCAGUGAUGUAAUUUAAAGGUGCCCUAUGUAACUUUUCCACCUUCUUAUCUCCAUGGGAAAAUUAUUGCUUUGACUGGAAUGUUCUGCAGUAUGGCAUUAUGCUUACCUAUUUUGCAUUUAUUCAGUUACAGCUGGACAGAGAUAAAUUUCAGACAACUCCACGGAGAU